CUUACUGUUAUCAAAAUUAUAACAAAAAAAAUAUUAAUAAUGUUCAAGUUAUUUGUCUUAGCUGUUGCAUUAACAUGCAUUUCUGCUGCUCCACAAGGUCAAUCAACUGAUGGACAAGCACAAACUUUAUCGAAUACUUCAAGCGAUGAUGGUGUUGGAAAUUUUGCAUAUGCAUUUGAAACCAGCAAUUCAAUUAAAGCUGAAGCAAAAGGAAGCUUAAAACAACUUAAAGAUGACCAAGGAAAAGAAACUGCUGGUGAAGUACAACAAGGAAGUUACUCAUGGACUGAUGCCAGUGGAACAACCUAUGAAGUUAAAUGGAUCGCUGAUGAAAAUGGCUUCCAACCACAAGGUGCUCAUCUCCCAACAACCCCAAAAGCUCCUUAGUUA